AUGGCGCUCGCACAAGAUGAGCUCGACGAGAUUUACACCUUCGCGAUAGACCUAGGUCGCAAGGCUGGCAAGAUGCUCAUGGACCGAGUGGACCAGCGCGUCGCCGGUGGAGACAAUAACGCCUUCGAAGAGAAAGAGAACUCCGUGGACAUCGUGACGCAGACCGAUGAAGACGUCGAAGUAUUCAUUCGCAGCAGACUGGAAGCCAAAUACCCCUCUCACAAAUUCCUCGGCGAGGAGACAUACGCCAAAGGCCAAUCACGCGACUACCUCAUCGAUGAACAACCAACAUGGUGCAUCGACCCAUUAGAUGGCACCGUCAACUACACGCACAUCUUCCCCAUGUUCUGCGUCUCUAUCGGUUUCAUCGUCGAUCAUAAGCCCGUGAUCGGCGUAAUUUAUGCCCCCUUCACAGACCAGCUGUGGUCAUCCUGCACCGGGCGCGGUGCCUGGCUCAACGAGACGCGCCGCCUUCCUCUCCUCCACAACCCGAUCCCACCGAUGCCCCCCAACGCGCCAGCGCAAUGUGUGUUUUCCUGCGAAUGGGGCAAGGACCGCCGUGAUAUCCCAGAUGGGAACAUGCACCGCAAGAUUGAGAGUUUUGUGAACAUGGCGGCCGAGCUGGGGAGUCGGUCGGGGCGGGGCGGAAUGGUGCAUGGGAUGCGCAGCUUAGGGAGUGCUACGCUGGAUCUGGCGUAUGUCGCGAUGGGCUCAUUUGAUAUCUGGUGGGAAGGAGGUUGCUGGGAGUGGGAUAUCGCUGCCGGAGCCGCCAUCCUCCUAGAGGCAGGUGGACUGAUGACGACUGCUAACCCACCAGAGAAUGAAGCAACGGCACCGAUCGAAGAUGUUCGACUCGGGAGCCGGCUGUAUCUAGCCAUCAGACCGGCUGGUCCGUCCGCGACGGAGACAGGUCGCGAAACACAGGAGCGCACGGUCCGUGAAGUCUGGCGCCGCGUUCGCAAUUUGGACUAUUCUCGGCCGGGGGCUUGA